UUUCAGCCUUUAGAGCCUGUCCAGUGAAUAGAGGAUAUUCGCACGAUAAUUAACAUACAGAAGUUUGUAUGUUGAAUACAUUUUUACAAUAUUCCAAUUUUACUGCAUACUACCAUCACCGAAAAUAUUUGAAAUCUGUGAAUACAAGGGCUAAAGGCCAACAUUCCGGUAGCCGGUAAUCCAAUAGUUGGUGAAGGCUCUGAAGGUAAUUAUAGUCGGUGUCUCUUAUUGGUCUGUUGCGGCUAGUGUAGAUAUUAUCCUUCUGCCCUGUAGUGUUGGGGAAAGUAGACUACAGAAAGGAGAGCGCGUCUUUGGUCUUAAAAGAUAGGAGCUGAACGCGGUCCCUCGGGGAACACGAAACAUCAAGGAAAAUCAGUCAUGCCUUACCUUCUCAUCAGCACCCAGAUCCGCUUGGAGACUGGACCUACGAUGGUUGGCGAUGAAUAUUCAGAUCCAGAUAUAAUGUGCCAGCUCGGAGCUCGAAAGACUUGCGUGCUUGGAAACAACUUUUCUGAGUACCACGUGGAUGACCCGCCCCGUGUGGUUCUAAACAAGCUGGAGCUGAUUGGAUACCGGGUCAUAUGCAUGACGGGCAUGGGCCAGACCCUAGCAUGGUGCCUGCACAAGGCUACCGUGUGACCCUUAUUAACUCUGGCACUGUGGAUAGAAAGCCUAUAUUGGUAUUAUUACUGUAUAUGUUGACAAUACACAGGAUAGGUUCUGCGUAAUAGCCAAUUAAGCUAUUACUCAGCACAAACUGUAGUUCAUUUAUGUCUGAAUUGGUUAUGUAAUUUAUUCUGUUCUAAAGUGCAGUGUCAUAAGAUGUUUUGGUCACUGCUAGCUACAUUUUCCUGUUUCUAGCAGCUGAGGAUCCAGGAUCAGCUUACUCACUCCCUAUAAUAAAAACCCUUUGCAUUCUGUACCAAAAGUGAGAACUACAGGAUCAGUGCCUGGUGACAGAAUGUAUGUGAUUAUUCUUGUCAUGAGUGAAUAAGUAUCUUUUGUUAUCCAGAAUUAACACUUCCUGUAGCCAUCAUCCCUUUUCUAAAGUCUUGGCAAUUGUUAUAAGUGUGGCAGGGACACAUGACAUAGUGAUUGAUGGCACCCGGAAAAAUACAUUUAGUGCUCUGUAAAUUUUCCACAAGUUUUACAUUCCUCUACCAUCUCCUCAUUUCACAAGCAAAGAAAAAACAAUCACCUCUGGCAUCUAGUUGGUAAUAAAAAAAACAUUUAUCACAGCAAACAUCACCUGAAUGUUGCAUCUGCACGAGUGAGUGUUUUCCUGGUCAAUAUUCUGUCCCUGAGUCACGCCUUGCAGGUUGUUGGUUCCAGAGUAGUGAGAUGUGACUGAAUCUAUAAAAUGUGCCAAAUCAUCCCAAACUUUUCCAGGCAGCUGAGUUGCUAGAAUAGUUUGGAUAUAUCAAAAUAAAGGAAUAAACAAUGUAUUGAAUGCUAGUGCAAAAAAUGUGAAUUUGAUUAAAUGUGAUUAAACGAAAAGUAAACCUUAUUAAAACAA